AUGGGCACGUACGAUCGCCGUCGGUUGCCUGUCGGUGACCUGCUGGCAUUGGCGCUACUGGGUCUCCUAUGUGGUCGUGUCCUGGUGCUGGCCGCUGAUCGGAUUGUGAUGGAGGACGACCCGAUGCUGUACGAGGGUGAUGCAUGUGGGCUGAAGAACGGGUCGGUGGGUGUUUGCCGGCCGGCGAACCAGUGCGAAUGGCUGCUGCAGAAACCGCCACCACCGUUGGGUGAGCUGCGAACCUGCUCGUUCGACAUGUCCAUGCCGAUCGUGUGCUGUCCGACGCGGGUCGAGUCGCGUCUGACGAACCCGCCGGUGAAGCGCAUCAGCGCGACACAGUGCGAACAGUUCCCGAACAUGACCGGACUAGCGGACCACAUCUUCAACGGUGUCGUCGCACAGUUUGGCGAGUUCCCGUACAUGGCGGCCAUUGGGUACGUUGCACCCAACGAGUCGGAGGCGAACUCUCCCUCCAUGUUCCGGUGUGCCGCCAGUCUGAUCUCGCCCCGGUUUCUCCUAACCGCCGCACACUGUCUGAGGGACAAGCCUGUGUUCGCUCGGCUCGGCGUACUCGAGCUUCAGCCGGCCCGCAUCGUCGACAAACCGCUGGACAUUGAGAUACUGCACGCGACACCCCAUCCGGACUACCAUUCCGUCCGGUACCAGAACGACAUUGCGCUGCUCGAGCUGGCCGACCCGGUGACCGGCGACUUGCCGUUCGUCGAUCCGAUCUGUCUGUACACGAACGCGACCGGUGUUCCGCUCGGCCCGGAGCAGACGCUUUCGGUGCAGGGCUGGGGCACGAUGCUGCCGGGCGAGAUCGAAACAGCGAACCGUCUGAUGAAGGCGAACGUCAGCAUCGUCGAGCGGGACGUGUGCGCGAGCAGCAUACCACGGAACCGGCGCAAUCCGGCCGGACUCCAUCCCGGGCAGCUGUGUGCGCUUGGGCGAAACGAGCGCAACGAAACGAUCGCCGACACCUGCCCGGGUGACUCCGGUGGACCGCUCGAGCUGAACGUCGACGGGCGCCACUACCUAGUCGGCAUUACCUCGAACGGGCAUUCGUGUGGUUCUCCAAUCCCGGGCAUCUACACCGAGGUAGCGCCGUACCUCGACUGGAUCGAAUCGAUCGUGUGGCCGAGUACGUAA